AUGUAGAUCGAAUGUACGUAGGCUGACCAUCGAAAUUAAUAAAUAAUGGGAUGUUGCAUAGAUAGUUCAUGCACAUAUUAAAGACCAUAUUGCAAUUCUUGUUUGCCUCAUCAUGGUCAACAUCUUUAAAAGUUAACAUCUUUUGAAAUUUUAAUUGAAUGGGUCUAAAAAAGAAUCGUUAAUGCUCAAAAUAUUUAAAAGAAUGUUUAAGAGUCUAAAUCAUCUCUUGAUAAUCUUCUUAACAAGUUGAUUCCAUAUUUUAAUUUUAAUAUACAAUAAUUUUCAGAAUUAGGACUUUCUUAGAUUGAUAACAUGAUAAAAGGUUUUGGUUAAUUGGAAAUAUGUGAGGAAAUACUAUUUAAGUAACUCAAAUAAUAAAUUGAAUAAAUCUAAUAGAUUAUAGAUUAAAUAUUAAAAAACAUAAAGUGUUAGAUAACUUAGAAGGAAAAUAAUUAGUUACUUGAUAAUUCUGAAAGAGAAAUAAUAAUAAUAAAAUUGCCAGAACACAAAAAUAUCUUUGAAGGAAAUGAAAAUCAAUUCACCUUUGAACUCAUGAAUGAAAACACAAUUAAGGAAGUUGAUAGAUGUGACGCUAUUGCUUUUAAUAAAGAUUAAUCAAUAGUUUUAGCUGGAUGUGGUAAGGAUAUUAAAAUAUUUGAACAUUAAUAAGGGAAAUUAAAUCAAAUUUAAUUGCUAAGUGAACAUAAAAAAAAUAUUUCAACUUUAAAUUUUAUGAAAAUGAAUAAUAAUUUUAUAUCUGGAAGUAGAGAUAAUUAAAUUAUAAUAUGGUAGGUAAUCGGACAUAAUAAAUGGAAUUGUUAAUAAAUAUUAAAUGGACAUACAAGUUGGAUAUUUUGUUUAUUAUUAAAUAAUACAGAUGAUUUAAUAAUAACAGGUAGUUUUGAUAAAACUAUUAAAUUUUGGAUCAAAUAAGAUUAAUGGUUGUGUUAAUAAACUAUUACUGAUCAUACUAGUAGUGUAUAUUCAUUAAGUUUAAAUGAAUAGUAAAAUAAAUUAAUAUCCUGCUCAUUUGAUUCAUACAUAUUAGUAAUAGAAUAGAAUAAGAUGGAUAAAUAGUGGAGCGUUUCAUAAAAGAUUAAAGUUGAUUAAUUUGGAUAUCGAUUAUGUUUUAUAAAUGAUAAUCAAUUUGCAUUCCAACCUAAAUGUAAAGAAUAAUUACAUGUAUAUGAAUUGGAUCCGAAUAAUAAAUAAUAUAGAAAGACUAAAGAAAUUUCUGUAAAGUGUGGUUCUAGUAAUUGUGAUUGUUUUUUUCCAUAAUAAUAUUUAAAGUCAAAAUGUAUGCUGGUGAAUAAGAAUGGUAAAAAUUUGAAUAUAAUAUAAAUGAAAUAAAAUGGUGACUUUGUAGUUUAAUAAUCCCUUGAAUUUGGUAAUUAAAAUCUUUAUGGAUAAUUAAGUGAUGACGGAGAGUAUUUGAUCACUUGGGAUGAUAAAUCUAAGGAGAUCUAAAUAAGAAAGUAUAAAUAAUUAUGA